GGAGCUUGGAGUCAGCGGCAGGCGGGCACGGCACUGCCAGGACCUGCCUGGGGAGGCGGCAGGCAUAUGGGGGCCUGGAAACAGAGAAAUGACAGCAUCCUCCUGCACACCAUGUCCCAACAGGGUUCUGUGGCCCUACCGCUGAAGUGUGACAGGUCGACCAUGGGCAAAGACUUGGACGAGGCGAUCCGCUGCACUCUGCCCAACUGCACCUGUGAGUGUUUCCAGCCGGGGAAGAUCAGCCUGAGGACAUGUGACUACUGCAAGCAUGGCUGGGUGGCCCACGCGCUGGACAAGCUGAGCACGCAGCACCUGUACCACCCGGCCCAGGUGGAGAUCGUGCAGUCCAGCGUGGUGUUCGACAUCAGCUCGCUCAUGCUGUACGGCACGCAGGCGCUGCCGGUGCGGCUGAAGAUCCUGCUGGACCGGCUCUUCAGCGUCCUGAAGCAGAGCGAGGUCCUGCACAUCCUGCACUGCCUGGGCUGGACCCUGCGCGACUACGUCCGGGGAUACAUCCUACAGGACGCGGUGGGGAAGGUCCUGGACCGCUGGAGCAUCAUGUCGCAGGAGGAGGAGGUGGUCACCCUGCAGCAGUUCCUGCGUUUCGGGGAGACCAAGUCCAUCGUGGAGCUGAUGGCCCUGCAGGAGCAGGAGGGGCAGGUGGUGACCGUGCCCCCCUCCGAGGCCGAUUCGGGGAUCCGGACCUUCAUCGAGAGCAGCGGCCCCGCCCGUAGCCCUGCCCUGCUGUCCUGCCUGCAGGGGGGCGGCGGCGGCGGCGAUAGCGUCCAUCACUUCGAGAACCUCCCAAACAGCCUGGCGUUCCUCCUGCCCUUCCAGUACGUCAGCCCCGGCUCCGCCCCCACGCUGGGCCUCCCGGCCAAUGGGCUCGCCCGUGAGCCCAGCCUGCCCACCAACGGGCUGGUGCAGGAGCCGGGCCUGCCCAAUCAGAGCGAGCCGUCCGAGAGCAGAGGGUCGGAGGCGUCUCUCUCGCCCUGCCCCAGCCUGGGCGCCCCCCUGGGGAGGCUGAACCCCAAAGCGGGGCUUGGCGGCGCGACCCCGCCCCCCUCCCCGACCCCGCCCCCGCUCGGCGACCGGCACGCGCACCCCCACGCGCUGAAGCUGGGGCCCCGCGGCCUGCAGUACUCCUCGCUGUCCUGCAGGCCGCAUCGCAUGCGACGCAUGGGCGCGGCGUCGCGCAAGGGCCGCGUCUGCUGCAGCUCCUGCGGCAAGACCUUCUACGACAAGGGCACGCUGAAGAUCCACUUCAACGCCGUGCACCUGAAGAUCAAGCACCGGUGCACGGUGCAGGGCUGCAACAUGGUGUUCAGCUCGCUGCGCAGCCGCAACCGUCACAGCGCCAACCCCAACCCCCGGCUGCACCUGCCCGUGCUGCGCAACAACCGCGACCGCGACCUCAUCCGCUCCGCCACCGCCUCCGCCACGCCCAUCAUCUCGGGGCACGCCCACAUGGCCACGCCCCUGUUGUCGGCCCCGCCCACCCCCGGUUUGGACCCCCUGCUGCACGGCUCGUUGGUUUUUCCCUCCCUGAAAUCCGUGCAGCCCGUGCAGCCCAUACCGCCGUUCUACCGCGCGCUGGUGCCUCCCGCCGCCCUGGUCCACCCGCCCGUCUCUCUGCCCUCCUCCCUGACUCCGCCCGCCUCCCACAGCCCCCGCCUCCCCGGCCAGGACCCCGCCUCCGAAUCGCCCCCCAAAAAAAAGCCCCGGAAGUCCAGCAUGCCGGUCAAGAUCGAGAAGGAGGCGGCGAGCGCGAUCGACGAGUACGAGGAGGAGGAGGAGGAAGAGGAGGAGGAGGAAGAUCCCGGCUACGGCCGCCAGCGUUCUCCUUCCGCGGGGGACGGGAGUCCUGGCCCGGCACCGCCGUGGCUGGAGGAGCGCCGGGGGGCUCGCUGCGCGGAGCGCGACCACCAGGGGGCGCCAGAGAAGGAGCCGGAGCCAGAGACCCGCGACGGGGAGAGGAGCAGGUUUACAGAGCGGCAGGAGGAGGAGGCGCAGGAGGAGGAGGCGCAGGAGGAGGUGCACGGCCAUCUGAGAGAAAGGGAGACGGAGAGCAAGAUCUGCUCCUCGCCGCCCCCUCUCCGCCCGCUCGUCGCCGUUAAGGAGGAGCUGAGCGACUCCGCUUUCGACUCCGUGUUCUGCGUGAGCCGUCGGGACCCCAAGUUGGGCCUGCACCCCAGCUCCGCCCUGCACCCCAACACGGGCCUGCACCCCAGGACCUGCUACGUCUGCAAGAAGAGCUUCAAGAGCUCCUACAGCGUGAAGCUGCACUACAGGAACGUGCACCUGAAGGAGAUGCACCUGUGCACACUGGCCGGCUGCAGCGCCGCCUUCCCCUCGCGACGCAGCCGAGACAGGCACAGCUCCAACAUAAACUUGCAUCGGAAGCUUCUGACCAAAGAGCUGGACCACAUGGUCCUGGACUCAGAUCACAUACCGCUGCCGCUGAUUGUUGGUGGCCAUGAGCGUGGUCUCGAGGCUCUGGGACGAGGAGGACGAGGAGGCGGGCGUGGUCGAAACGAAGGGUUCUCCCCUAUUAAUGGAGCCAGCCAACACUCCCCUGGCUUCUAUGUAGCAGCGGAGCUCUGUGCUGCCUCCAGUGGCUGGUCCAGGUAUAGCGCGCACUCGUCCACUGCGUCAGACCCCGGGAGCAGUGAGGGAGCCCUGCUGGACGACGCGCGGGCCGCCAGCGAUGGAGAGGACAUCUCCCAGAAUGCCGAGGGGCUUGGGGACAUUCGGUGCCGCAGGAGCAGAGCAGCAGAUUGGCAGCCGUGUGACACCUCCCCCUCGUGCCACGACUCCGCCGCCCCCUCGCCACGCGACUCCUCCCCUGCGUCGCACGACUCCUCCCCUGGCCCGGUGACUCCGCCCCCUUCGGGCGAUCCCUGUGGGUGUGUUGCCACACUCUCCGUCUGUGGCCGCAUGCUGCGCUGCCACGCCCGACUCCCCUCUGCCCGCAGCCGGGACGGACACAGCCAGAAUCCCGACCUGCAGGACAGCGCACCCCUCCCCGCCAUGAUGGACUGAUACUAAUACACGCCCCCCUCCCGCUAGCCCCCAAGUCUUCUGUGGACCCAGUCCAGCUUCCAGCAUCCUCCACAUUCAUCCAUUGUCUGUUUGUACUGCUUUCCCCUGGAAGCCCACGUACAUGAGCAGAGAACCCUCAUCCCAGAUACAGGUAGACGUCUCUGAUAUUUCUGUCCUCUCUGAGAGUGGAGAAGGUCCUUUCUUUUCCAUCUCCUGUUCCCUGAAAUAGGAACCGCCCCCCUUCCUUUCUACAUGGAAAUCACUCUUUGAUAUGAUUAACCGGGGAAAAAAUAAAAAUAAAAAGUGCUAUUCAAACUUGUGACUUUUUGCCUGCAGAACUGCUACUAAUGAGAAAGAGAAAGAUAAAAGAGAUCUUCUACGUGUUUUUCGUGCCGUUGUUUCUUUCCUGAAGACUGGCCCAUACCAGAGCGUCACCUCCUGCAUUUGUAAAUAAUUCCCCAACAGACUCCUGCUGUAAAAAUGCAUUGCUGGUUGCAGUAUGACUGGCAAGGGAACAGGAACUUUAGAUUGUUUCUCUUAAAACACAUUUUAAAUCAGACAGAAAUCCAGACCCCCAGUUGGAUGUGCUUGCGCAGAUAAUGAUCGCAUGCUGUAGGAUUCCAGGAAUGUGCGUAGUUUUUGUUUGUGGUGUUUGUAACGUGCGUUUCUCUGUGACACAAAUGCAGUGUUACACUUUGCAACAACACAAAGGGAUGACCAAAUACUAUUGUGAGAGGUAGAUGCAUUCAUUGCGGUUCUCACAGAUUGAGAUUGCCUGGCUGAGUGGUAACAGUACUUAGCAGUAGCUGCAUUAACUGUCUCCAGUGUCUCAAACGGCACAAUAAUGUAAAAACCAACCACUGGUUAUCCUUAUUUCAAUUUAUGCGGCUAAGAGGGCUCUAAAUUCCAAGUGUGACUCCAUGUUCAGUUGUGUUUAAAGUACAUAAUAAAGGCCACAUGCUUAUUUCCAUUGAGGUAAUCCGAGUCUAUGAUGUCCUUGAAUCUUAACCCUAAAAUUACACUUGUGAUCUUUUUAAAAUAUUGUUUUUUUUUUGUUAUUUCCUUGUGAUGCAAUGUAAUAUUACUGCAAUACUGUAGCUGUGCUGCAGUGUUUGUUUUGUGAAAGAUAUUACCGUAAUGCUCUGUCUGUACCUAUUUCAGAACUCAGCAUAAAUUGUAUAGUACAGCUAUAUCCAAUAAUUGGACAAGGGAGGGCACAGUUCUGUCCAAUGGUAUUUAUUGGUGUGUGCAUUUUCAGCUGAACCCCAUAUAUAUAUCCAAUUGCUUUUAUAGGUAACUAACAAUGAUCAUUGACAGGUAGAGGUGGUUUGAUGUGAAGUAUGGGGUCCAAAAAAGAGUGGUAUACCCCUUCUACAUACAAUCAUAUUUGUAAAAUUAAACACCUAAGUUUUAUAUAAAGUUUUUAUUUGUCAUAUUGGUGUCUUGGUAAACACUGUCUCACUCAUUGUGGAUCUGCAUGCUGCUUGUGCUUGUUGUGCAUCUGGAGAGACCCUGUUUGCAUAGCGACAGAAAUGCUCUAACACAGUAUAUCCAUAGCCAGGGAUUAUAGAAUAGGGACAAGACAGGAUGUGACAUCACAGAGGAGCUCCAACAAUCACAAAGUACAUUGGUAAUAACAAAUAGAAACAGCGAUAGCUUGUGGAUACCUUCAGCCAAUCUCUGUUGGCCUCGUUCCCUUUCUUAUGGUUGAGCUUUUCCCUGAUUUCAGUGGGAAAAGUGAUUACACAUCCAUUCUAUCCCUAUUUCAUUACCCUUGUCCGUAUCAGGGAAAAGUGUCAGUGCUCCUGUUGUACAGUGUGCAAUCAGUAG